GUUAGCUUUGUCCUGCCGCCAAGCUUAUCCCCUGCUCUAUUUGCACGCAGAAGCUACAUUUCCCUGUUGCCUUAUCGAAAAACGCUCAAGCCUUUUCAAGGAUGAGUUUAUCGAUACAAUAGUGUAAUCGGUAUAUUUUAAUUAUUCGUGUGGUUUAGUGUUUUCAAUAAUCGAUAUACUUUCCAAAAUUUACUCGCAAAUGGUGCUUUACCAAAGUCGCCAUUUUGGUAAUACGUUGGGUUCAGACGUGCGGCUGCAUCUAUGAUCUUUUUAUUUUUUCCCUAUUCCCGGUCGGUUUUUAAGAACAUUUUCCUCAUUACGACUAUCCAGUGAUAUCAGUGAUGACCCAGCAAAAUAAAACAAUGAAUUUCCUAAUACAUGACGUUAAUGGACAUCCGCAAGUUAUUAAGGUAGUACAGAGUACACCUAAUAAAACAUUAAGUGGUAUAGUGGGAACAUCUAAUACAAGUGGUAUCAAGAUAUUCAAAGCCCCAGGCCAAGAGUCUCAGGUUUUAAGAACCAUUAGUUUACCUAGCCCUUCUACUCCUGGUCCACGAGUUAUGACAAUACCCAUACAAAAUGCUAAAGUUUCGACUGUCAAAACAGGAGAAUCAGCAGUCACGAAGACAAUUCAAUUAACAUCAGCUCAAAUGAGUGAUAUUAAACAAGCUAUCGUAUCUCAACAGCAAGCAAGUGGUCAACAGAUAUUGAAAGAUGCUUCAGGAAAAACAUUUGUUACUCCCAUACUUGAUCACAGUGGUAACCGGAAACGUUAUGACGCCGAUGGCAAUGAUUAUGUUCCACAUAGCAAACGGAGAAAAGCUGAAAAAGUUGGAAAGGGAUUGAGACACUUUUCUAUGAAAGUUUGUGAAAAAGUCAAGAAGAAGGGUACAACUUCUUACAAUGAAGUUGCUGAUGAACUCGUCGGUGAAUUUACAAAUCCGUCACACAUGAAUUCUUUAAAUCAACAGUACGAUCAGAAAAAUAUCAGACGGCGAGUUUAUGAUGCUUUAAAUGUCUUGAUGGCAAUGAAUAUAAUCUCCAAAGAGAAAAAAGAAAUACGAUGGUUGGGCUUGCCAACGAAUUCACUUCAAGAAUGUGCGUCGCUGGAGAAAGAUAAAAAAAAGAAAGUCGAAAGAAUUAAAGCAAAAACUCAGCAACUUCAUCAGCUAAUUCUUCAACAUAUUUCGUUCAAAAAUUUGGUAGAACGAAAUAGUGUUACUGAAAGUCUUCAUGGGCCGCCGAAACCUAAUUCGGCAAUACAAUUACCGUUCAUAAUAUUGAACACAAGCAAAAAAACUAUCGUAGACUGCAGCAUCACGAACGACAAAUCUGAGUACCUGUUCAACUUUAACGAUAAGUUUGAGAUACAUGAUGACAUUGAGGUAUUAAAGCGUAUGGGCUUAGCCUUUGGUUUAGAAAAUGGAACGUGUGGAGAAGAAAACUUACGGAUAGCCAAAUCGAUGGUACCCAAGUCAUUGGAAAAAUACGUCGAACAGUUAGCAUCAGGAGACUUAGAGAAAUUCAUUCCUGUAACAAUUCCUGGACCAAGUACAACUAUUGAAGGAAUGGAAAUAAAAACAGAGGAAUCGAGUUCACGACCACCUUCGUCUUUACACACUUCAUUAUCAGAAGAAGCACUAUCUCCACCCUCACAAUAUUGCUCGGAUGAUGAUGAGGAUGAAGAUGAAAGUGAUCAAGAUGAACCAGCUGACAGUGAUGUGGAUGUUAACUAGCAUCUCGGUUUCGUAACUUGGGAUUCAAUUUAAAAGCCUUUGCUUUUUUGCGAAAUCAAUUGUACCUAAUAAUUCAAUCACAUGCCAUUAAUGAGAGUCAGUUGAUCGGAUUUAACGAUCAACUUAUAUCCCAGGUUAACUAUCUAUUCUUUAUGCUAAACUUGAAUCCAGAAUUAUCAGUUGGAUCCUGAUAAUUUAUUGGAUCCAUUAUUAAUAAUGCAGUGAAAUAAUACUGUAUUAGAUAUUUAUGCAGAAAGUGGCUUGAUUUCUUUUAUAAUUAGACACAUAACGUAAGAUAUUUUUGAAAGAACUUUAUUAUUGAGGAGUUGAAAAAAAACAAAUUAGAAAAGAUAAUGGUCACUUGAAAUUAUUUUAGAAAUAAAUGAUUUUGUAACUCAUUUAUUUUACUCCUUGAUUGUUUUAAAUGAAUAAUUGUUUGAUAGUUAAAGAGCAGAAGUAUUGGAUAUGAUGAAGAAGAAAAAGAUGAAAAAUAAUAAAGUGUGCAGGGUGAUUGAAACUCGGUGCUAUUUUAAUCGCGCGUUGUCUCACACAGGUUUAUACGUCUAGCAUAUAUGUAUUAUAAAUUAUAAUCUGAACAAUAUUAUCUCGACUACAUGUAUAAAAUGUAACAAUUACUCAUUUUCAUAUGGCACAUUUAUAAUAACAAUAAUUACUGUGGUAAAUAAUGAUUCCAUAUAAUGAGAAUAUUUAUUUCUCAAAAAUUAAUCUAUUAAAAGUAUGGAAUAAAUUGUAAUAAUAUGAAUAUUAUUCAUAUAAUUUCAGGUCAAAAUUGUAGACUUAUCUUAAUUAAAAUAAUUUUUUUCGUACACUUUGAAUAG